CAAAUUUAGAUUUUAAUAUUUAAUGUUUCAAGUGAUAACAAGAGAUUUAUAUUUAUUCAAUAUUUACAAAAUAAAGAUACAGUUUUUUUAAAUAAUAAUUGCAUGAUAUAAAAUUGACAUUAGUAUAGUAAAAGUAAUUCUAUUAUACAAUUCUAUAAACAGGUACGUUCUCCAUUUAUUACUCCCACCAUUCCUUCAGAGAAUAUCCACGGCGGAGCACCAGUCUGUCUCAGUUGGUGACGACAACCGAACGCUAUUGCUACGUAGAGAAACCGAAUAAAGUUUGCAACUGCUAAAAAAGAAGCAAAUUCGAAAUGUCGGCCAGUCAAUAUUAUCACGUACAGUGUACACCAACGGUUUAUCCCGCUGAUCCUUUUGACCCAGAACAAGAUGCAUCUCUUCUUCGAGCCGCCAUGAAAGGUUUUGGCACCGAUGAACAAACGAUAAUCGAUGUCCUUGCCCAUCGUGGUAUCGUGCAACGACUCGAAAUAAGCGAUAAAUUUAAAACUAUGUACGGAAAGGAUCUGAUCUCUGAAUUGAAAUCAGAACUUGGCGGUAAUUUCGAAAAGGCUAUUUUAGCAUUGAUGACACCGUUACCAGAAUUCUACGCUAAAGAACUUCACGAAGCGAUUUCUGGAAUGGGAACGGACGAAGGUGCUCUCAUCGAAGUGCUAGCGUCCCUUAGCAAUUAUGGCAUAAGAACCAUAUCUGCCGUCUAUAAAGAACUAUACGAUACAGAUUUGGAGGAAGAUCUGAAGAGCGAUACUUCUGGACAUUUUAAGAGACUGUUAGUUUCACUUUCAUGCGCCAAUAGAGAUGAAAAUCCUGAUGUUGACGGAGAAGCUGCAAUUCAGGAUGCUGAAAGAUUACUUGCUGCGGGAGAGGAACAAUGGGGAACAGACGAAAGUACUUUCAAUGCUAUUCUCAUUACUAAAAGUUAUCCUCAAUUACGAAAAAUUUUCGAAGAAUAUGAGCGUCUUGCUGGUCACAGUUUAGAAGAUGCUAUUAAGAGAGAAUUCUCAGGAUCUCUCGAAGACGGUUAUCUUGCAGUUGUAAAAUGUGCACGAGACAAAACUGCAUAUUUCGCGGAAAGAUUAUACAAAGCAAUGCGUGGAUUGGGCACAGAUGAUUCGACAUUGAUACGUAUAGUCGUAGCUCGAUCAGAAAUAGAUUUGGGAGAUAUUAAAGAUGCUUAUCAAAAGAUCUAUGGACAGUCGCUCGCAGGUGACAUCGAUGAUGACUGUUCAGGAGACUACAAGAAACUAUUGCUUACUCUACUUGGAUGAAAACAUUUCAUUGAACAACUUCUUUUGUUUUUAAAUCAUAUAUUAAUACCAGGAAUUUUCCUUCAUUACAUUCCGCGAAGCUAUUAUACAUAUAUAUGUUUUAACUUGAAUAUUUAUUCUAAAUUAUAUCAAUAAUUAGCAGGGAUUACGGUAUUAUGUAGUUAAUUUUUUUGGUUGGACUUGUUUAAUUAUUUUAUCGUGUAUGAGUUUGCUUAUAAAAUUAUUUCGUUUGCAUCGAAAUAAGCUGCUUUAAUCUCUGUGAGACUUAUUAAAUGAAAAUAAACGAAUAAUAUGUUA